AUGAGCCUUGCACCAUUCUUCGAUAAAGCACCUUCAAUAAUUAAUAAGCCUGAUGGUAGUGUACUGUUCGAAUGCAUGUGUAAUGCGAAUCCCGAACCAACCAUACAAUGGUUUUUCAAGGAUAAGGAAUUAAGUGGUGAUCGAUAUACGAUGAAAAUAAAGAAAAUGGUUGGCAAAUGGACAUGCACGAUGACCAUGAAGAAUCCAACAUUGCAAGACCAAGGAGUAUAUAAAGUAGUAGCGACGAACAAGAAUGGUACCCAUUCAGUGGAACAAAAUUAUGUGCUAUCAUGCACCGCUAAUGAAGUUUUCAAAACUCAAUAA